CCUGGGGGGAAUGUGUGUAACAAUGGGAUGGAUGUAGAAACAAUGGGUCUCAUCUGUCGGGAGCUGAACUGUGGAAGAUUUAAGACUGAGAGAGCUACCAAAGCACGAGUGGAAUCAGCUCCUAACUGGCUGGAUGAUGUAAAAUGUAGGAAACAUGACUCUACUCUGUUUCACUGUCCAUCUUCAUCCUGGAGUCAGAACAAUUGUGAUAGAAGCAGUGAGGUGACUCACAUUACCUGCUCCGGAGAGAAGAAACAGCUUGCAUUUGAAAACCUUCAAAAAAACCUUCAGUGCUCAAAUUACAUGCCUAUUAGGUUGAGAGGAGGAGAGGAAAUCUGUUCUGGGAGGUUGGAGGUGUAUCAUAAUGCUGAGUGGGGGUCUAUAUGUGCUGAUCUGUGGGACAUCAGGGAUGCUCAGGUGGUCUGCAGGCAGCUGGGUUGUGGGCCGGCGCUGAGUGCUAAUAGAAGAGCUGUUGAUGGUUCUGGUGGAGGAACUAUCUGGAUGAACAGAGUGAAGUGUAGAGGGAAUGAGAUUCACCUGUGGGACUGUCCUCAUUCCCUGAAGAUCCACACUGGCUGCUCCCACAGUGCUGGAGUCACCUGUGCAGACAUAUUUGUCACAUUACCUUUUUCAUCUGACACAACUACAACUUACACCACAGUACCAGCACAGCUAACAGAGAAAAAGACAGUCCCUCCUUCAAAAAAUCCAUCAUCUAAUUUUCCAUACAUCUAUCCAGUGUCUCUCCUGGUUCUGGGAUCUGUGCUCUUCCUGGCCUUAGUGCUUCUGGUUGUGCUGUUUUAUCAGAACAGAGUGCUCAGGAGAGUGAUUUCUAAGGCGAGGAGGAAGACUCUGCUUGAGGCAGUCUAUGAAGAGAUUAACCAUAAAUGUGUCACUAACAGAUAUACUAAAAGAGGAAGUUUUAUCUCUGAAGAUCAGCAUUCAGGAUAUGAGGACGUAGAUGAGGAACUUCUCUCAGAAAACUAUGGCGAGGUCUAUGAUGAUAUCAUACCUGCUGAAGAGAGCCCACACAUUACAACAGGUUUGGAUAUUUUAAUACGUACGAUUUAUUGUGAACACAUGGUAAACAUGCAAAUUAUAUUUGCUUUUCACCUUAAUCAAAAAUAUAUCUAUAUAUGUCUGUGCAGCAUACAUUAUUAUGGUUUUCUAUAUUAUGAUAAUAAAGUGUGAUUUUUUUCACACCUAUAAAGAAUGUGUCUUCUUUUUUUUUUUCAUUUUUAAAAGCACACUGAGCAACAUGUUUCAGUUAAUUAAUGCAUUUCAUACUGUUUUAGAUCAUUACAGAGAGAAUAAAGGUUUUCUCAACCACCCUUGUGGUCCCAUGGGCUCACAAGUUCCUGGCAGCGCCAGAGUCGGCCCGUUUCUCAUUAUAGAUUAAGCAAGUUUGGACUCUUGAACUUUGUCAGAACGAACUUGGUAAGUUCGGCUCACGAGUGCAUACUCCAGAGAACAGGACUUUUAUUUUGUAAUUGGAACUGCUGUGAUCAGUAGAGUAGUAGGUGCAUCCUUAGAUGCAUUUCCACAAACAUACCCUACACCCGCCUAACAGGGCAGACAAACCGUCUUUGUUUGGUCCAUCGCUCACCAGCCUUGCUGUAGUUCACAGGGAACCCACAAUAUUCCCACACUUAAUCAGAGUUUCUGUAAUCAGGAUUAAAACUAGUUUUAUAUACUCUGUAAAAGCAUGAGAAACACAAAAAAGUUGUUUGUAUGUGUAGUUAAAAGAAACUGUGACUUAUCUUCAUGGUGGAUGUUAUGUGUUUGGAUCUGCUGUCUGCAGGUGCAGCUUUAAUGCUGUAUUUUGUGUGUUUACUCUCUCUGAAGUUUGUCUCCAGAAGGUAGCUGACUUUGUACCUUCCUUUGCCCACAGACACACACACACACACAGACACAAGGAGGUGGAGCUGUGUUAAUUAGUGCUGACGCUUUUUAAAAAUAUGGCGAAAUGAAAAAAAGCUUCUUCUGAUUUGUCACUGAAAAUGUUUGAUAAUUUCCUCUCCUCUUUCUAAUAAGGUCAUAGUGAGUGUGAUUGGCGGCUGUGGGGAAUCUCUCUCUCUCUCUCUCUCUCUCUCUGUCUCUCAGGUUCUUGAGUCUUAUCUGGCUGAGUAGAGGUAAAGCUUGUUCUGCUGCUGAGUUGAGCAGUGUGUGUGCAAGAGAUGGACAUCCGAGUUCUACUCAUUUUUCUAUUGACCACUGUCACUCUCGUCACAUCUGGAUGUUGUUGGAAAGGCAGUGAAUGGUAUAAAUUCCUUUAUCCUCGAAGAACUUAACUACUUUCUCCACAUCGGGCCGGGGAUUGUCAUGCACCGUGAGAAACCACGGACUCACUGCGCCAGCGUAGGGUCUUACAAUGGGUUCAAGGAUUUCAUCUCAAUACCUAAGAGCAGGCAGGGUACUGUUGUCUAACCUGUAGAGGCCUGGGCAUCUACAGGCCUCCCCAGACCAUCACUGAUCCCCCACCAAACCAGACAUGCUGAAUGAUGUUGCAUAAAGUGGCAUUUAAUUGAAAAGUAUAUAUUUACUUUUUGAUCUUACAUUCAUGUGAUUUACACUUUGCUAUCAUCCAGUCAGCCCAUUUUAGUAUUGCUACAGAAGUACACAUUAGUGAACUGAUUUCUUAUGAUCUCUAAAUGGGAGCUUUUGAUGUCCAUGAUUUGGUUUAAAUGUAUUUCAGCCUUGUUUGAGUAUUAUUAUUUGAGUAUAAGUGUAAUUAUUCUCUGAUUAUCAGUGUGUUUGUUUUUUUCUCC